AUGAGUAUGUUGCGCGCGUCGAGCCGAGCUCUUCCUUCUCGCUUGUCAUCUGCGGCCAUCUCCACCUCCGCACGCCCUAUCUCAACCGCAUCGCAGGGCCUCAUCACUUCGACCCAACCUUCGACACAGCGCACCCCGGCUCGUCUUCCCCGCGGCGCAUUCGGCCUAUCUACUUCAGCUCGUGCCAUGUCGUCCAUCCACUACGGCGAGAGUGCUACCCGUCCCAAGCCGGACCAGGUCAUCCAGGACAUCGCAGACUAUGUGCACGACUACAAGAUUGACAGUGAUCUCGCCUAUGAGACUGCACGCCUCUGCCUCAUCGACACUAUUGGUUGCGGUCUCGAGGCUCUGCGUUUCCCGUCCUGCACGGCUCUCCUUGGACCUGUCGUAGAGGGUACCGUCGUCCCGAAUGGUACCAAGGUUCCCGGUACGAACUACCAACUUGACCCUAUACGCGGCGCCUUCAACAUUGGGACCAUCAUCCGUUGGCUGGACUUCAACGACUGUUGGCUUGCGGCGGAAUGGGGUCACCCUUCGGACAAUCUCGGCGCUAUCCUCGCGGUCGCCGACCACCUGGCUCGCACUGGGCAGAAUGUUACCGUUAAGGAUGUCCUUGAGGGUAUGAUCAAAGCCCACGAGAUCCAGGGCUGUCUUGCUCUCGAGAACUCGUUCAACCGCGUCGGCCUUGAUCACGUCGUACUUGUGAAGGUCGCGAGCACUGCGGUUGUCUCCAAGAUGCUCGGCCUGAAUCGUGAGCAGACUAUCGAUGCUAUCUCGCAAGCAUGGGUCGACGGACAAUCCCUGCGCACCUACCGUCAUGCACCAAACACCAUGUCUCGCAAGUCAUGGGCCGCGGGCGAUGCAUGCUCUCGUGCCGUGAACAUUGCAUACCUGGUCAAGAAGGGUGAGCGCGGCAUGCCCUCCGUAUUGACAGCCAAGACUUGGGGCUUCUACGACGUCCUCUUCAAGGGCAAGCCCUUCCAGUUCCAGCGCCCGUACGGCUCGUACGUAAUGGAGAACGUUCUCUUUAAGAUCUCCUACCCUGCCGAGUUCCACGCGCAAACGGCCGUCGAAGCUGCGCACAUCGUGCACGAGAAGCUCCAUGCGAUGGGCAAGACGAGCGACGACAUCAAGAGUGUGCGCAUUCGCACACAGGAGGCCGCUAUCCGCAUCAUCGACAAGCAAGGCCCGCUUGACAACUUCGCGGACCGCGACCACGCCAUUCAGUACAUGGUCGCGUACCCGCUUAUCCAUGGCGAGCUCACCUCCGAGUCGUACACCGACCAGAGUGCCUCGGACGCGCGUAUUGACGCACUGCGCGAGAAGAUCUACUGUGUUGAGGACAAGAACUUCUCCGUCGACUACCAUGACCCGGAGAAGAGGAGCAUCGGCAACGCGCUUCUCGUUGAGCUCAACGAUGGCACGGUGCUCGAUGAAGUCGAAGUGGAGUACCCCGUCGGCCACAAGCGCCGCAGGGAGGAGGGCAAGCCGCUCCUGCUCGCCAAGUUCCAGAGGCACAUUGGUCACCACUUUGACGAGGGUCGUCGCGAGAAGAUUCUGUCUUCCGUUGCGGACCUGAAGUCGCUGUCAACUCUUCCCGCAGACAAGUUCACCGAUCUCUUUGUGAAGGAGUGA